AUGAACAGUUCUACCACCUCAAAUUCAACUUAUUCUCAAAGCUAUAAGACUGGCAGUGACUCAUCAUCUUCCGGGUUCAUUUCAUUACCUGGUAUUCCAUCGGGAAGAAGAAAAGUAUUUAGAAAUGAACCUGUUGUAUCGAAUACUAAAUAUUCCUUCUCCUCUUGUACUAAGAGAAGAAUUUUAAAACACGUUGCUGAUAAUGAGGAUAAUAUUAAUAACUAUCUCGUGAGGGAGAAUAAAACUCAAGAAGACGAUCCGAAGAAGAGAUUCAUUUUCAAUGCAGAAUUUCAUGUUUGUCUCCAUACCAAUAAGAAUAUCAAGGUAGUCAAGGAUUUGGGAAAACAACCUUCCGAUGUUGUUGAUGUUGAAGGUAGUAAGCAUUCUUUCUCCAAUGCAAAUGAUGCUGCAUGUUUUUAUCAGGACAGCACAACAGAAAGAAGGAGAAGAAAGGAAGAAAAGCUAAGAGUUUUCAAUGAUACUGUAAAACAAAGAAUCAAAGAGAAGAGUAAGUCAACCUUAAUAGAAAAAGAAGCAGCUGCUGCUAGGAUAAAAUAUGAAAAGGAGAGAAAGAAGGAGCUCUAUAGAAAAAUGUGUAAUUAUGGCAAACAAGCUAAUAAUUUGAAUAUGAAAAUUGCGUCCGGAGGAACUACCCCAAGAUUGAAUUCAACAAAUGGAAAUAUAUCACCAAACUCUUCUAAAAUUUCUUCUGGAUCAGUAAGCAAUACUCCCAGAACACCAAGAACACCAAGAGCAGAUGCAAGAGGCCAAGCGUUUUCAUUGGUAGAUUUAGAUUUGCAAGAUCAAAGUCAUGAAGAGUGUGAAGGUCAUGACGAACAAUUUGUAAAUUUCAAAUCUCCAACCCAGUCCAACAGUUCUGAAUCAACUAGUGUAACCACAGAAGACUCUUACACAAAUGAAUCAGACAAUGGUAACCCUAAAAAGACAGUGAAUGCCUUUAACCUUUUCGCCAGACAAAACUUGGCAAAUGUUGUUCCAUCAACUUCCUCAGAGGUUUACGCUCAUUUCGAAAAGGGAAUAAGCAAAGAGGAUAACAAUAUUAUUGUACAAGCUCCAUGUUUUACAGUAUACUUAGACGAUCCAAUUCAUACUUUUACUCUCAACAAACCUAAUUACAUCCCUCUCAAUACUAGUAAGGCUUCAGAUAGCGAAAUUAUGUCAUUCAAAUCAUCAGAUACUUAUCAAUCUGCUGUUCAUUCAAAUGCUAGGUCAGGAUCAAAUAAGGAACAAAAGAAGAAGGAAUACAGAGAAGAAAAGAGGUAUCUCAAACAACUCAAUAAGCAGUUCUUAGAAACGGUAAAGAACAUGAGUAUUGAACUGCCUAGUCUGUGUCACUGUGACAUUGAAACCAUGGAUGUCAAUGCACAACAUUCCAAUAACUGUUAUUACUUCCAAAAUAAGAAUGAUUAUGCAAGAGAUUUAUCUUCUCUAUUUCAUUCGUAUAACCUUUAG